UUAUAGAACAAGAGAAGUUGGAUUAUUAAUUCCAAAUUUAUUCGUCGAGUCAAAAUGUGAUUCUGGGGAUAUUGCUUUACUUGAAUUAAUGGAGGAAGUAAAUUAUAGAAAAAUACAUUUAGCCCGUCCAACCACUCCUUUACCUUCAAAUAAAAUUUUAUAUGCUUCUGGGUAUGGUUAUGAUCCAGAAAGGAAAAUAUUAACUGAUAUGGAUGAAUUAAAGACUGUUGAAGUUAAUGUACUGGCAAAAUGUCCAAAAUAUUUAGAAAGGGAGGAUGACGCUAUUUGUGCUGAUGAAGUUGUUUUGGACCAAAAUGUUUGUGAGGCAAGUUUAUACAUAACUUGGAGGGAGGGAGGAGGAGGGGGAGAGGAUGCCUAAAUAUAUCCCCCCCUUAAAAGGUACUAACGAGUUAUCUUACCUCAAAAGAGUGUAUGAGGUCCGACUGCAAUUAAAUGAUAACCGUCCGAAAUUUUAGGAGCAUUUCAUUUUUUGCUAAAUUUAAGGGAGACAGUGGAGCUUCUUUAAAAGACAUAGAAAAUGUUACUACUAUUUUUGGUAUUUUUAAAUUUGGUUUUAAAAAAUUAAAAUUUUUUUUGAUUAAAGGCGUUGUGUCUUUUGGUUCUUUGUGUGAUGAAAUGUUAAAUGAUGAUCUGCGUGCUCUCCCAAUUGAAGGUAUUACAUC